AUGCGUGAGAGAAUCCAACAGCUCGACAUCGAAGGUUGCGAUGGCCACGAUGCCAUCUUCGAGGCCUCCUACUUGGAUGACAUCCCAGCCGCCCUGACCGAGUGGAAAGCGUCGCGCGUCCUUCUCGUCGUCAGCACCAGCCUCGACACGAAGACCUCGGUCAUCCGCGACCUCGAGAAGAGCCUAUCAAGCUACCAGGUUUACAAAAAAGUCGGAGUGGGCAGUCACUCGCCCUACGGUGACAUUAUCGACAUCGCACGCAGAGUCCAAGACCGUGACAUCCAAGCCGUUGUCUCUAUUGGGUCGGGGUCCUACUCGGAUGCGUGCAAAAUCGCCGUGAUGCUGAGUGCUACACUCCCCUCGGGAUUUGGGGAGGACGAAAUGGAAGCCUUGGUGGACCAGAAGCGAGGCCUGGCUGGACCGGACACCGUCAAGGCUCCCGUGACCAAGCUGAUCUGUGUGCCAACGAGCCUCAGUGCGGGCGAGUGGAACUCCUAUGCGAGCGGGACCAAUGCCACAGGGAAGAAACAACAUUAUAUGCAUCCGGAGGGGGCCCCGUCCUUGAUCCUGAUGGAUCCCACGGUCGCACGAACCACCCCGUCGCACCUGUGGCUGGCGUCGGGCAUGCGCGCCAUCGACCACUUUGUGGAGAGUUUCUGCUGCUCCGAGUGUCAUGAAGAGGCUGCGACUCAUAUCAAGAAGGGGUUGCCGCUGUUGGUGCGAGGCCUGAAGGAGUACCACGAAGGACAAGAGGAUGGCAACGAGGACGAGCUGCUAAAAGGGAUUGCAGAGAGUCAGCGCGGGUCUAGAGAUGCCCUGAUUCCUUUUAUCAAGUGGAAGAUUCCUAUGGGAGCAAGUCACGCUAUUGGCCAUCAGCUGGGCAGUGUGGCAGGCGUCCAGCAUGGUGUGACGAGCUGCAUUCUGCUACCUCCGACGUUACGAUUCACGCUCGAUAAGACUAAAGCGGCGCAGGAGGCGAUUCUCCAGAUAUUCAACGAGGUGCUUGGGUGCCACGAGGCAGAGGCUGCUGAUGCGGUUCAUCGGUUCGUCAAGCUGCUGGGACUGCCAUCACGGCUCUCGGAAGUCGGCGUCACGCAGGAGGAGCAGUUGCACAAGAUCGCCGAGCUGACGCUGACUGACGCAUUGGCGCAUAAUAAGGCGCUACCAGAUAAGGAGGGGAUCCUUGAGAUCUUGAACAUGGCCAAAUGA